AUGGAGGCGGUGGCUCUUUUCUCCUUCACAGCAUCAGAGGCGGACGAGAUCAGUUUCCAGAAAGGAGACAUCGUCAAGGUGACAGAAAUGGAGGAUGAUUCUUGUUGGUUCACAGCAGAGAUCCAGGGGAAGCGAGGCUACGUGCCAGAGAACUACAUUUCCCUUCUUCCUUAUUCGUGGUUUUCUGGACGGGUGUCGAGGCUUGAUGCUGAAAAGCGUCUCCGCUGGCAGGACACUGGAGUGUUCCUGGUGAGGGAGAGUGAAUCAGCUCCUGGAGAGUUUUCUAUCUCUGUUAGCUAUGGUGACAGAGUGGAGCAUUUCCGGGUGCUGGAGGGGGGAGGUCAGUACAGCAUCUGGGACGAGUCUUUCAGCUCUCUGAAUCGUUUGGUGGAUUUCUACAGAACUCACAGCAUCGCCGUGGAGAAAGUGGUCCUCCUCAGAGACCCCCCUUUGUCCCUGUAGAAGCCUCGUCUAGCUCACGCCCUCUGCGACUACACCCCCCCUCACACCGCACACCUCCACUUUCUGCGGGGUGACAUCAUCGACCUGCUGGACUGCUCGAGUCAUCUGUCCUGGAGGGGGCGCUGCAGAGGCCGAGUAGGAAUCUUCCCGCCAGAAUUCGUCCAACCGCUGUACCACUGA